AUGGCGGGGACAUUAAAUUUGAAUGAUUUAAAAGAUGAACCCAUUUUAUAUUAUGAAAAUGCUAUAAGUUAUGUUUUUUCACAAUCAAGCGAAGAUACUAAAAAAGAUUUGCCGACAUGUCUUAUAUAUCCAAAUAACACAAUAAAGGUUGGGUUUCCAAUUCAUUCAAUAAAAAAUAUAAAAAAAAAUGAUAAUUUAUUAAAUGAUAAUGACAAUGAAAUUACUAGAUUUAAUGAAGAACCUAUAGUUGCAUAUGCAUCUGAGUCAAAAGAUAUUUAUCCACUAAGAGUUCAUAUUUACUAUACUCUUUUAUAUAUAUUUAUUUUUUCCCAGUUAUUUGUUAUGCUAUUUUUUAAAGAUAAUAUAAAUUACCGAACUACUGGCGAAAUAAACAAAUGGCAAAUGUUUGUUUUUGUUUUUAUGUCUAUUUCCCACAUUUUAGUUUUUGUGUCAAAAAUCGGAAAAUUAAAAGAUUAUAUAUUCGAUAUAUAUACCUCAUUAAGUUUAUUUUUUUUUAUUUUAUCUCUGUUAACUAUUAAUUGUUUUAGUAGUUAUUUCAUUGCCUUAUUCCAAUUUUUUAUUUUUGUUUUACAUGAAAGAAUUUAUUUUUAUGUAAUGGCACAAACCUGUGUUAUACCUCCCUAA